UUCUCCGCCAUCUUUAGACUGUACCGCAGGUGCACCCACCCCUUUAUUUUUUAGGUGAAGUUAACUGGGUCAUUUUGGCCCUUGGAGCUUUCCCAUAAAAGUUGUUGAGUGACAGGGGUGAGGAAAUCAUGUCCAAACAAAGCAUAGUAGACCGUGUGCUUGCUGCAAAGCACACGGUGGUCGGACAGGGCUUGGCCAAAUCGAUCUGCAAAGCGACGACAGAGGAAGUCAUUGGACCAAAGAAGAAGCAUUUGGACUACUUACUCCAGUGCACCAAUGAACCCAAUGUGUCCAUCCCUCAGCUGGCAGAUAUACUUAUUCAGAGGACCCAGAGUCAGAACUGGGUGGUUGUGUUCAAAGCCCUUAUUACAACACACAGUCUGAUGAACUAUGGAAAUGAGCGUUUUACACAGUAUCUAGCAUCCAACAAUUGUUCCUUUAAUUUGAGUGGGUUCCUAGAUAAAAAUGGAGUCCAAGGUUAUGACAUGUCCACAUUCAUCCGUAGAUAUUCCAAAUACCUCAAUGAAAAGGCGGUGUCCUACAGACUGAUGGCAUAUGAUUUCUGCAAAGUCAAAAGAGGAAAAGAUGAUGGUAUGCUGAGAACAAUGCAUGGAGAUAAGUUGCUGAAGACCCUUCCAGCUUUACAGAAUCAGCUAGAUGCUUUAUUGGAAUUUGAUUGUACAGCUAAUGAACUCACCAAUGGAGUAAUCAAUGCCUGCUUUAUGAUGUUGUUCAAAGACUUGAUCAGGUUAUUUGCAUGUUAUAAUGAUGGGAUCAUAAAUUUAUUAGAAAAAUAUUUUGAAAUGAAUAAGAAGCAAUGUAAAGAUGGUCUGGAUAUUUACAAGAAGUUUUUAGUCAGGAUGGACAAAGUCUCAGAAUUUCUCAAAGUAGCUGAGCAAGUAGGGAUUGACAAAGGUGACAUUCCAGAUUUAGCCAAGGCUCCUUCCAGUUUGCUUGAUGCAUUAGAGCAACACUUGGCGUCUUUGGAGGGUAAAAAAGGAGCAGCUCCACCAACAACAGUCGCAAGGCCUGGCAGCAUAACAUCAGCCAUCAACACAUUAUCUAACAAUUCACAGCAAGUGGCAGGAGGCAGUGUCAGUGGAGGAAGCAUUAGUGAAGAUGAGAAAAAGAGAAUAUUGGAUGAAGAAAAUGCUCGAUUGCAACAACUGAAGGUCUCCAAGGCUAAGGAACAGGAACAGAAAUUAAGAGAACAAGCUGCUGCCUCCAAAGCUUCCCCAGCACGGCCAUCCUCCAACUCUGCGAGCAAUCUAUUUAGUUCCCCACCUGCUGCAUCCACAGCUCACACGACAACCACAACAUCCGCAGAUCUGUUUGGGUCAGAGCCUGCAGGAAGUGCAAACGGCCAGCGACCCAGUGAUGAUUUACUAGAAUUAAGUGGAAACCCAUUUGCAGCUACUGUUCAAAAUGCAAUGGCAAUGUCGUCCCCUCAGCACAAUGCUUUUGGCUCUCCGCAGACCAACCCAUGGGGUGCAGGUUAUAAUCAGCCUCCAGCAUCAAACAAUGCAUUUGCAUCAGAUGCUGGUUUUGCUGCAGCAUUUGGAAAUUCCGCAAGUGGCCCCCAGUCAGGUACCACUUCCAGUGGCAUGAUCCCCAUGGGGGGGUUGGGGGCAGUGUCUGCACCCCCACCUGCUGCUCCACCUAAGCAGGACCCCUUGGAUGUUAUAGUGGCACCAGAGAAGCAGGCUAGCCCAGUAGUUACCACCCCAACUGCAGGAACUAAGGACUUGUUUGCUGUAAAUGAACCUGGGCCUGCAUCUCCUCAGAUCAAAACAGUUUCCAGGGAAGCCAGUCCCUCUCCAGGAGAGCUCCUUUUCCCUUCUUCUCCACCACCACCUGCUGUGCCCUCUCCAGCAAAGCUACCACUAGCUGCUGAAGAGAAAGUUUUCCCCUCUGUAACAGGAGACUUGCUGUUUACUAUGUCUCCUACUGAACCAGCACCAGCUGUUAAGAAGGAGUCUGGCUUAGACCAGCUUGGGGACUUGCUGUUUGCACCUGACCCAGCCCCUGCUGCUCAAAGUGCAGCAAGUGGAUUGUUUGCAGGAGAGUUGCUCUUUUCUACCUCUCCAAGUGCAACACACCCAACAGCAUCAAAUCAAAUGGAAAUGCCCAACUUUCCAAUGGGUCAGAUGAUCUUCUCUCCAAUACCCGCUGCCCAGCCAACAACCAAAGCAGUACAUGCCAAGAUAUUGUCAGCUUAUUCGGAUCCAAAAGGGGGUGCUGUAGAGGCUGAACAAGGUUUUGAUGGUUUUGGUGAAGUUUUGAAGCCACAGUCCACAGCACCAGUCCAAGAGAAGAGAGAUGAGAAACUCAUUCAGGGAGAUGUGAACACCAGCCUAAUGCAACUUGCUGGAAAUCUGAGCAUUAAACAUGAUCAAAUAAAAAAAACACAGCAUGAGUGGAAUCCUAAAGGUGAACAGAAGAAGACAGGUGGUGCCAACUGGCAGCCUCCUCCUAGAGCCAGCACUACAGCUGGACCACCCACAUGGCAGCAGCCACCUAAUGUGGUUCCUAUGGGACAACCUGGCAUGAUGGCACCAGGAAUGAUGGGAUAUGGUCAGCCAGGAAUGCAGCCAUAUAUGGGCAUGCAACCAAGGCCAAUGGGAAUGGCCCCUGGUAUUGGCAUGCAGCCAAUGGGCAUGCAGCCUAUGGGAAUGGGCAUGCAACCAUCUCCACAGAUGAAUGCGUUUGGUCAGCCAAGUCCUCAGCAACCAAAUGACCCAUUUGGUGCUUUGUGAGAGAAAACAAUGUAGGCACAGACCAAUCAAUAUUCCUGUAUAUUAUGACUGUACAUUGGACAUGGGCAUCUCAUCGCUGGUGUCUGAUCUCGCUUACACCAGGAACCAAAAUAUCAUGUGCAUAUAAAGCAGACUGGACUGAGUUUAUUAUUAAUUUUCACCACCCCACUUUAUCAUGUGUAUGUCAAAUAUCAGUUUGCACAAGAAUGUGAAUUAUGUGUCAAUGGAUCAGUCAUUACUUGUGCAAAUGUAGUGAAUUGUGGGAUAGGUUUACAACACCAGUAGAAGUGAACUGUCAUCAUGUGGAAGGAGUUUCAGCUUGGUGUGAUAAAUACUGAUGUAGUACUGGCCAUGGAGUUAAAAAAUGGGUGUGAAAUUGGAAGAAAAUGCCCAUAUGAAUCCAGGCAGAUACCAAAUAAGGGCAUUUUUUCCAUAGUGAUAUAAUGUGCAACCACUUUAUUUGUACAGUAAGAGUUAAAAGGUGUAUUGUAGAAGCAAAUUGGUGAUUAAGAAGUUUCUUGAAGUAGUACACUGUCUAUAACAAGACUUGUAUAUAAUUUCUCUGUAUCAAAGUGAUUUUUAUGUACAGGUUGGCAAAUGUUAUUUGUUAAAUGUACAUGUAUUGUGUGUGAACACUUUCUAUUACUGGUUUUGGACACUGAAGUUCUCCAUAGAAUGGGCAAGUGUUACAAUGGACAUGUGAAGGGUGGUAUUUAAAUAAAGGGCCCUGGGGUAUCUGAACUAUGCUGAGUUAAAUAUUAAUGUGAAGAUAGCAUAUAUCAUUAUUUAUACCUGAAACAUUAGAUAUAAGUUCCACAUAUAGUGUCAAACUAUUCUAAUUAUUGUUGUUAUUUACCUGUAUUAAUUAGGUGGAAAGGCCGUCAUUAAUCUUAUUCAAUUUGUAUGGUAAAGCUUCACUCAAUUUAAUGUAUAAUCAGAACUAAAGCUUUGCAGCUAUUUGUAUCUAGAGGUAUGCUUAAUGACAUUAGCACAACUGUGUCAAUUCAUUGUGAAGUCUUAUUCAGAAUUGUAGCAAAGUUGGAAGUUUUGUGCGUGUUGAAGGAGAUAAGAACUGAGAUAAGAACAUAGGUAAAACUGCAAAGGUACAUUUUCCAUUUCUUUCCAUGUUGUCUGUAGUUGUAAAAAACUUGGCUCAUCACUUUGAUAACUAAUUUGUCACAUCUCUCGAUGUUAAACUGGAAUUAGAAAUUAGGUGCUCAUUUUGCCAAGCUGAAGACGACCUGUAUAUACUGGCUAGCUGGACUUGUCAGAAUAUAACCUGCACAAACUGAUAUUGUGUGUUGCCCGCUGCUUAUGUUAAGCAAACUAUUUAUAGUUUGUCAUUACAUUUACCAUUCAUAAUAUUCUGUUAUUGGUGUAUUAUUUUUUGAGCUUUUUUGUUUAGAUUUAUUUUUUUUACUGUAACGUGUCCAUUUCAGUAUGAUUCAGAUGGUGAUAUCAAGGAGGGCAUGGAAACAGAAUAAUGUGACAUUGUCAAACAGAUUAUUCCACUUUCUCCUGCAUUCUUUGGGGAACAUCAGUCUCACAAGACUAUUGUGAUUUAAAGUUUGAUUCUGAAGAUAGUUGUGCCAUAAAACCAUGGUAUAUCUAGAACUUUGUGAUUAGAGAACUGAACUCUUCUCUAUUGGUUUAUGAAUAUACACCACCACUAUGUCAGUUGUGAUUACUGUAAAUUAAUAUUUCAGGAAGAUUUAGUGCUGAUAUAAUUCUGUAAAAGGAAAUGUUUCAGUGAAUUGCUAUCAUUAUACAUGUAUUUAAAGGAUAGGUGACUAGGAAAAAGAGUGUUGUCACCAGUUGUAACUGUCACUCAAAUGUGACAUCAAUAAAUAUGUGGAAAUCCAUGUGUGUGGCAUUUUAAUUUUUCAAGUUUGUAGAAUGUUACAUAAAAAUUUACAGCAGUUUAUUGACCUUUUCUUUCAGUAAAUAUUUGAAUCAUAUUAACUGAAAUACGAUACGUUUCAAACAAAUGACUUUUAAAUAACUGAUUUUAUGUAACAUUUCUAAUUUCUACAUCAUACAAACUAAAAAGUCUGAAGCAAAAUUGGCAAACUUUCAAGUCUUUACACAGAUAUGAUAUACUGAUUGGUAUAUCAUUCAAUUUCAUUAAAUUAUUUAAAUUUCUA